UUAACCGGAUCUAAAGUAAGUAUUGAGACUUAUUUAUUUUAGCAACCUUGAUACCAUCCAACAAAGCCAUAAUGUGCAGAUUGAAUUACAUCAAUGGUGCUGAUUGGCUUAUCACACCGUUCCCGUUCCAUCAAUUCUCCCUUAAUUCAAUCGUAAAAAGGGAAAACUAUUUCCCUGUCUGAAGCGCCGCUAUCUCAUGUUUGCACAUAGAUAAGAGAUACCCAAAAACCACAAAGCUGUCCCACUUAUGAGUGAGAAUCAUUCACGUUUCGAAUACGUAAAAAACUGGUAGCAAAAUGCUGUCGCUGUAUCUUUUGCUUUUAGUCACUACCGCCAUCGUGGCAGACGAUAGAUUCUACUGCCACAGCUGUGUAUCAUCCAGCUACCCAAACUGCGCCUGGAGUCCCCAUACGUCCACCACGAAAGAUUGUGGCGCCGGGGACCGUGCCUGUGCCACCGUAAUCCUUCCCGAUGGGCACACGUACCGUGGCUGUUCGCAGGAUCCUGAGUGUGUAGAGGCCGGUCCAGCCGGUUGCCUGCGGUGUGAUCUCUUUUCCGGAUGCAAUAUUGACCGUAUUCCAACCGAUCGGUUACGGUGUAACAUCUGCCAGACCGCAGCGUCCGCAUCCUGUGCCACGCUGCCUUACGCGAGACAAUUUGAGAAAGCUUGCGUACGGUUCCUAGCCGAUGAUCGGUGUGUUACGGUGUAUGACGGGUAUAACGUGUCCUCCCGGGAUUGUCUUUCGGCUCUUGGUGACCAGGAACGAGCAAAAUGUAAUGGUACGGUCGAGUGUGCGCAGUGUUCUUCGUGGAACUGCAACACCGAUCGAGUGCGGAGCGACGAUCGAUGCGUUCAGUGUAGAUCGAAUACGACAGACUGCUCAACUGGAACGAUACCAGCGACGAUCUGUGCAAAGCCAUCGGCUGGGAAGUGCUUUUCGCGUGUUGAUCCCGAUGAUGGAUUGUUGGUGCGCGGUUGUUGGAUAAAUUUAUCCACCGUGCAGCAAGCGGAAUGUACAAUGGAUCGAAAAAACUGUAGCAUGUGUCUGGGCGAUGGUUGCAACAAGGAAUGGCUUCCACAGAACACACUUAGCUGUGUGCAGUGCGAAUCGAGCGAUUCCCUUCUCUGCGCCCAGCUGCAGCGUAAUGAUAGUGAAGUGAGGCUAUGUAGACGCCACUUGGCAGGAGAUCGAUGCUAUAUGCAAAGCGGUAACGAUGGAAUCCUCCAGCGUGGCUGUGUGUCCGAUCUACCGGAAGGGCGGUGUGCACCGGCGGAUGCGUGUGUGCUUUGUACGGGCAAUAACUGCAACAGGGACGUUUUCCCAGUGAAUCGACAUUCCUGCUAUCAGUGCGAUGGAAUGCGGGAGAGAAGAUGUGAAACUUACCAGGAGGUGUUCAAUCGGGAGCGAGCCUUGCUCUGUAGAUUGCAUCAGGAGAACGAUGGGUGCUACACUCGUGUGUUCCGCGGCGCAGUUGUUCGUGGUUGUCUGUCCGAUUUAAAACCGGACACAAUGUGUCACGAGUCGAAGGAUUGUUGGAUGUGUUACGGAAGAAACUGCAACUAUCUCUCUGAGACGGAGCUGCGCAGUUCAGGGUCGCCUCAUCCCCUGGUGUUACGGCUCGCUGUUGUGUCGAUGAUGAUUAUUUGUUCUUUUCUGUUUGCUUGAAAACAUGAAGUUCGAUGGCUUACCCUCAUGCUCCUUCAGACUCCAUAAAGGGAUAUCAAUUUAAUCCAACAGUAAAUUUUUUGUGUACAGAUUUUUUUUUUUAAAUACGAGCACAUUUCUUGAAUUACAGAUCUUUCAAAUUAGUGUUCAGAUGUUCAGAAGAUGAAUUUCGGUUCAAAGUCGGAGUCCAACUUUGGAAACAUACAUUUAUGGAAAAGAGCAUGUUAUCUUAAUUUUGCUCGCAUUUUCAUAAUUUUUUCAC